UGUGUGUGUGUGUGUGAACAUUGAUGAUUACAUGUGAAACUUGAGCUCCCUGCAGUGGGCUAAGAAAGAAAAAAGACAGAAGUAUUGUUUUCAAACCCUGUUUUUUCCCGCAAGAGGGCCAAGGCUGCUGCCUAGCCAGGAGAACGAUAAAAGGGCUGGGAGGGCUGGGGCUGCUUCGAGGGGCGAGGACGGAGGAAGUGCCAAAAUUACAUUAUUUAGACUUCGUUUAAAGAGCCCAAUAACUUGUUCUGUGCAAACAGUGGCUUGAAAACUGCAGCCGGCAGAGCACUGGCCCCUCCCGCUCCGCAGCUUUCGGCGAGGACCAGGGAGUGUGGGGUCUCGCCAGGGCAGGGUGUGGAGCAGCUGGAGCAGAGGUCUCGGAGCACCAUGCACUGUGUAAAUCUCAAGCUGGUGGCCUUUGCCUGCGUGACGGUGGCUUUCUGGGCGGAGGGCGGCCAGCGGAGGGCGACAGGUGGCGGGAGCAGGCGGCGAUCCCACCGGGUCCAGCAGGGGCAGUGCAGUUACACCUUCGUCCUGCCCGAGGCCGAGCCGCAGCCCUGCCCGCCGACGAGGGCGACUCUCCGCGCCAACACGCUGCAGGGGGACUCGCCCGCCGCCACGCUGCAGACCCACAACUGGUCCGCACAGCGCGUGCAGCAGCUGGAGAGGGUCCUAGAGAACAACACCCAGUGGCUGCUGAAGCUGGAGAGCUACGUGCAGAUGAACGUGAAGUCGGAGAUGGUCCGGAUCCAGCAGAACGUCGCUCAGAACCAAACAGCCACCAUGCUGGAGAUUGGUACCAACCUCUUGAACCAAACGGCGGAGCAGAGCAGGAAACUGACGGUUGUGGAAGCGCAGGUUCUGAACCAAACCGCACGCAUCGAGAUCCAACUGCUGGAGAAUUCCCUGUCCACCAACAAGCUGGAGAAGCAGCUGCUGCUGCAGACGACUGAAAUUCGCAAGCUGCAGAACAUGAACAAUGUCCUAGAGACGCGGGUGCUGGAGAUGGAGACCAAGCACCAGACAGAGCUGGAAGGGAUCCGCACAGAGAAGGAGAAGCUGCAGCGCUUAGUGAGCCACCAGAGCCACACGAUUGAGGACCUGGAGAAGUCCCUCCACGCUGCCAACAGCAACACCAGCCUGCUCCAGCGGCAGCAGCUGCAGCUCCUCGAGUCAGUCCAGAGCCUGGUCCAGCUGGUCUCGCAGAGCAAAGCUCCACUCGCGAAGGAAGAGCAGGUGUCUCAGGACUGUGCUCAGACCCGCCGAGCCGGGUUUAACGCCAGCGGGGUUUACACCCUCCACGUCGCCAACAUGACGGAACCCAGGAAGGUGUUCUGUGAUAUGGAGACAGACAGAGGCGGGUGGACGGUGAUACAGCGCCGAGCCAAUGGCAGCGUGAAUUUCCAGAGGAAGUGGAAAGAAUACAAACAGGGCUUUGGAGACCCUGCCGGGGAGUACUGGCUGGGGAACGAAGCUGUGCAUCUCCUGACAAGCCAGGCUUCCUACUCGCUGAGAGUGGAGCUCCUGGACUGGGAAGGAAACCAGGCCUACGCCCAUUAUGAGACGUUCCAGCUGGGCAGCGAGCGUCAUCUUUACAGGAUCUCCCUGAAGGGCUACAGCGGCACCGCUGGGCAGCAGAGCGGCCUGGUCCUCCAGGGAACCAACUUCAGCACCCGCGACUCGGAUAAUGACAACUGCCUCUGCAAGUGCGCCCAGAUGCUGUCGGGAGGUUGGUGGUUUGAUGCCUGUGGUCUGUCGAACCUGAACGGCAUCUAUUAUCCCGCCAAGCACAAUGUCCGGAAGCUCAACGGGAUCAGGUGGCACUAUUUCCAGGGACCCAGCUACUCUCUAAAAGGCACACGCAUGAUGAUAAGACCUUCAGACUUCUAGCGUCCCAGAGCGUGGUGGGGCAGAGGGCAAGCCAGGCUCCAGGCCUCCGAACUGGCAGGCAACAGUCCAUCAUGGAACUGGUAGGACCAUUAGACCAGCCACAGAUGGCAAAGGAACAGGGACACAUCCUAGCAGGAGCAGGCUCUUGUAACCCAAUGCCUGGGGCUCCAGAGCAGGGGAAAGGAGGAAGACCUGGAGCUAAGCGGAGAGAUGACUCUGGGCCUGGACUCUUGGGCCUCCAAGGAGGAGGAGAAGAAAGAACAAUCAGAAAAACAAAAUCUAAAAACUAAACUGUCCCAUUGGUGUGAAUUACAAGUAUUGGGCUUUUGUUCCGGACCAGUGUGAUUCUUUCCUAUGUUGUAUCAUCUUCAGGGAAAUCGUCUCUAGACCACAAAGGGAGCCUGCUGCACCCAGGGCCAGUGGGACCUUCCGAGCGGCAGCUGGGAAUAGUGCGGAGCAUGCAGAGUUAUUGCAGUGGGGUCUGGUUUUCAUUGGUUUUAGCAUGUUUCUAGGAAACACUCCACCCUUUUCCUUCCUUGUUUUCCCCUGCUUCUGAACUGCCACAUGGCCACCCGGCUCCUGAAGGCAGGCGCUUGUCUGCAGAAGCUGGCUGACAAGGAGAAAGCCGGCUGGUGAGAUAGCCCUGUCAGCAUCUGGAUAUUAGGAAACACUAUGUCACUAGGAGGGUGGUGAAGCACUGGAAUGGGUUCCCUAGGGAGGUGGUGGAAUCUCCUUCCUUAGAGGUUUUUAAGGUCAGGCUUGACAAAGCCCUGGCUGGGAUGAUUUAGUUGGGAAUUGGUCCUGCUUUGAGCAAGGGGUUGGACUAGAUGACCUCCUGAGGUCCCUUCCAACCCUGAGGCACCAUGGCAGAAGAGGCGGACGAUGAGGUAGCUUUGGUGGUGGUUACGAGAGCUGCUCCUCGGCUGGGGGCAGCACCGGAGAAAGCACCCGGGGGGUUGUUUGAAGACGUACCGCUGGAGGGUGGCGGCGGGGGCCAUUCGGAGGUGGAGCUGCCAUCUCAGUGGUGUGUGAGACAGGCCAGGUGGGUAGGGCUGGACUGAGAAAGGCCUGGAAAGUGAAGCCAAGUAGUUUGCGUCUGAUGUGCUAGAGAAGGGGGAGCCAGCGGAAGGAUUCACGGAGAGGGACGGCAUGGGCGAAAUGAAGGGCUAGGAAAGCGAUCCUUGCCCAAGUGUUCAGAACUGGUAUGAGCGGGGCAAGCUGGGAUCUGUCCGUAUCAGAGAGGAGGACGUUGCAGUGAGUGACGGGUGAGAUGCCGAGAGCCUGGACGAGGGUUUCAGUUGUGUGGAUGGCUAGGAAAGGCCGUAUCCUAGAGAUGCUCUGUGGAAAGAAUCAGCAAACCUGCCUAUGAGGAUCUAGAGAGAGCCCAGAGUCAACACCAAUGACACCCCGGCUAUGGGCCUGAGUGAUGGGGAGAACGGAGGGGUGGAGCAAGUGACUGAGGAAAGAGGGAGCGGGUGGGGCUGGCGAGAAGAUUCGGAGUUCUGUUCCAAACUGAAACAAAACAUUUUCCGUUUUCCUUUUAAUCGCUGCCCCCCUUUCUCUAAAGAAACCCAGAACACCACCACAUUGUUUUGAUGAAAAAUAACAAAAAAUUCCAUGAUACAUUUUUAAACAAAGCAA